CUGAAAUCUGGUAGUUUGGUUGUUCGUAAGAAUUGUGUAUUAAUGCGGCUGUGCUUGUGUCUGUCCUCGUGGUGUCUGUGUAUGAAACUUAAUUUUAUUUAGUGUAGGAUGUUUUGCACUAGGUUUUAGUAUUCCUGAUGAAAUAUUACCAGAACUAAGCCGGCUUUUCCAAAUCGUCCGUCUCGCGUUGUUUUCUUUGACUAGUUUGGCGCCUGAACUUCUUUUCGACUGUGGAACAGCUGCAACGUCUGCAGAUGGAAAGGGUUAGAAAUUGCGGGCUGCCUCCGAAAACUGCAGAUGGCGAGCAACAUUGCAGGAUGGGUUACCAAUAGCAGGAAAGCGUUCUAUUGAAUUUCUGUAGUUGUGAAGGAAAAGAAUCUCCUUCUCCAGCUGAAGGAACUUUGAAGAUGAAUACACCUGGCUUUGUAAACAGAGCGAAGGCUUGGCUGCAGUCAGCAUGGCAUAUCCAAGUCCCUUUCCACUGGCUUGAAGCUUGUAUAAAUUGGAUUCAACAGGACAAUGCAGGCACAGUCCUGACACAAGCUGAAAUCAACAAACAAGUCUUGGAGCAGUGGCUUCUUACUGAUCUGAGAGACCUGGAACAACCCAUUCUGCCCAGAGGUAUCUCAGAGGCAGCCAAAGUGGAAAUUAAUGGGUUUUAUUGUCUACAAAUAGACUCACUUUUAGAUGUGAGCCAGCCUGCAUACAGCCAAAUCCAGAAGCUGAAAGGCAAAGACUUCACAAAUGAAAAUGUAACAGCAGUCACACAAGUGUCUCAGAAGCCCUGGGAAGCAAAACCUUUGCGAAUGCUGAUGCUACAGCUGACUGAUGGAGUACAGCAGCUCCAGGGAAUGGAAUACCAACCUAUCCCUGAUCUUCAUGCCAAUCUAAGUCCAGGUUCAAAAAUUCUGCUGCAAGGGAAAAUUGUUUGCCGCCUAGGAGUUCUCUUGCUCACACCUUUGAAUGUCAAAGUAAUUGGAGGAGAAGUAGAGGGUCUUGUUGAAGAAUUUUCUCAAGAAAGAGUGCUCAGCAGGGUACUUGGUGAGACAGAAAAUGCCGUGCAAAGACCCAGCAGUCAGGACAGAGAGAUGCCAAAUGUAGACGAAGGCUUUGAAAAUCUUACAAGCCCUUCAGGUGAGGAGCUUCUUGCCAGUAUCGAAACAGUUGAUCAAUUAGCGAUGAGUAAUGUUGUGGGUCAUGACAGUGGAUAUGGUAGCAGGAGUGAAGUUUCAAGUGUCUUGACUCGAAACUCUACCUUGCAAAGCUACCACUCAGGUUUGAGUGUGCCAGAAUCCCAGACAACACAAAUGGUGCCAGAAAGGGCCAGUGAGGAAGUUCUAGAACUUGAUGAUGCUGACUUUGAUGAUAUUCCAGUAGAUGACUUGGAUGAUGUCAUUUACUUGGAGGACUCACCACCUGAAUUUGAGACUCCAUCAACGGAGCAGAGCUUUCUGUGCAAUCAGAUGACCAUGAGCGGUAAUUCUAAUAUAAACUCCAGAAAUGUACCUUCAACACUUAACCUGACUAAUAAUAUGGUAGAAGUGCCAGAAAAUGUCUCCGGUGAAAGGAUUGUUUCCAUAAGACCCCAAAUCAGAACUAUGACCAAUGAUGGAAACAGUAUAGAAGUCCCUGAAUUAUUAGAAGGUUCUCUAACUGUUCCUGUAGAAAUGAGUAAGUUGCGCUCUGUGUGUGAAAGUUCUGCAAUCCCUUCUCACAGUGCUUCAGGAGUAAACAUAAAGCCCGUUGUAAAAUGUCAGUCUUUUGAAAACUGGCAGUUGGGAUCUGCAGUACAUUAUGAGUCAUGUGAAGAAGAAGAAUCUGUGCCUUUACAAACGGACGUUAACUUCCAACCCGAAAUGAAGGUCGAUCUAAACUCUUGUCCAUUCUCUUAUCUGUCAGUGCUACUAGGAGAAAAAACAGCCAUAGUUAAGGUUGUGAAAGUGAAAGCAUUCAUAGUUACUCUUCUGGGAAGUCUUUCAAGCAGCUCUGGAAGCUGGCAUAUAAAAGUCAAAAUUUCUGAUGGAACUGAUUAUUUAGAUGUGGAUCUUUCUAAUGAAGUUCUUGUGAGCCUGAUUGGAUUCACCGUAGAAGAAACAAAGAAGAUGAAAAAGGACCCAGACCAACGUAAAAGGGUGACAGCAGGACUCCAGAAAUGUCAGCAAGAACUUAUAGAUCUCUGCUGUAUCAUGACAAUUGAAUAUGACCCAUGUAAUUCUAAGGCAGUGUUGCUGGGUUUGCAAGAUGUCACUUUGGAGGACUACAAUAAUCUGGAAAAGCGUCUGCAAAAUAAAAGUCGAUAUUAAGUAAUGUAGCUUUUUUUGCCUUGGUGGAAAGAUCCAUAUACACUACAAGCACAAAAUGUCUUGGUCUGCCAAAAUUAUUAUUUUAAAUAAAAUGCCUUUUCUGUUUUAUGGUUUCUUUAAAUGUUAGACAGCAUAUUUUGCAUGUCAAAAUCUACAGUUCUUUAAAUCAAGAUAUUCUGAAAUGCAGUGGCAACUUUACAGUUCAGAAUUGUGAACGGUAAUGUUUUUACAUUGCAGCAUUUGGAGACAACUAUAAUACUGGCAGUACAAAAACAACAUGAAAAAGUAAAAAUGUGAAUGUCAUGAAAAUAACACUUCAAUAAAAAGCACUUGAAUAUUUUUUCAUAUUGUAUCCUAGUUUAGUAGUUGUAACUCAUUAAAGCACACAUUUCUGCAGAGCAAAUAGUUAUUAUAGAUAACUGGUGUGAGAGUUCUAACCAUAAACUGAUUUUACUUGGUUUUAUUUUGUCUUAAACUAAAUAAUGUUUAAGAAACAAUUGAAGGGUGUAGAUCCAGCUAGUGUAAUGUAAAAUUGUAAAAUGAAAAAUUAGUCUUAUGUGCAAUGAAAUCCAAAGACCCGGUGAGCCAUGAGAUCUGUAAAUAUAGUGCUAUGCAGUGGGAGUUAAAAAUGUUAAA